CAAUGACGACGCUCGUUUCGUCACGUCCGCUUCCUGUUUAGCUAUUGACGCGCAGGGUUGCUCUAAGCUAGAUAGUUAGCUGCCUUUUUUGUUUAUUUUCACGCGGCAAUUCUCUUCAUAGCAUAUAUAGAGUUACUACAAAAUGUUCAAUAUUGGAUUAAUUUGUUGAAGUCAUCUUGUGAGGGAUCGUAUACUUGUUGUAGCCUGUAUGUUAGCCGCGCGCUAGCAAGUCGGCUAACGACCCAUUCAGCACCAGGACCAUGGCGAGUGCAGCAAAUGCUAAUCUAAACGCAGUCAGGGAGACUAUGGACGUGUUACUGGAGAUUUCCAGGCUGCUCAACACCGGCUUGGACAUGGAGUCUCUGUCCAUCUGUGUGAGACUAUGUGAGCAGGGCAUCAACCCAGAAGCUCUGUCUGCAGUCAUCAAGGAGUUGAGGAAAGCCUCAGAGACACUCAAGGCUCCUGAAAACUGCACAAACUAAAAAUCCAGCCACCCACUUGGGAUUCUUUUAACUGGAUUCUACCUUUUGGGUUGUCUCUGCCAUUUCCGUGGACAUCGUCAACAUCCACUUCACCUCAAUCCUUGCCUUAAACGAGGGACACUACAAGCUUA